AUGGCGCUGCUCGUGCGCCUCAAGGCGGUGACCGAGCUGCGGGGCAAGGGGGACCGGCUCGCCAAGGUGGCGUUCAGAGGUCUCUCCUUCUACACCCGAGUACUUGAAAACUGCGAGGAUGAGGCCAGGUUUGAUGAGACCUUCCGGUGGCCGAUUGCCAGCAAUAUCGACGGCAACGAGAUGCUGGAGAUCCAGGUGUUCAACUACAGCAAAGUCUUCACCAACAGACUCAUCGGCACGUUCCGGAUGGUGCUGCAGAAGGUGGUGGAGGAAGGCCAGCUGGAGGUGACAGACACUUUAAUAGACGACAAUAACUCCGCCAUUCGGACCAGCGUCUCCAUAGAGAUCAGGUACCAGGCCAUGGACGGCACCGUGGGCGCCUGGAAUGAUGGGGAAUUUCUGGAGAGUCCUAACUCCCGGUCGGAGGGCGAAGGCCCCUUGGAGACAGAAAGCCUGCUCCCCGGGCACCGGCAGGGCUCUGCGGUGUCUCCUGGCAAAUCCAACCCCAGCCUGAAACCAGCAGAGAGGAACUUCAGGAGAGCUGGGAAAGGAGUCUUUUCAGCCAUGAAGCUGGGCAAGAUACGGCCCCCAAAGGAGGACCCUCACCGAAAGCAAGAUGAACCUGCCAUUCUGGAGACAGAAGACCUGGACCGGAAAGCCAUGCGGCUCGGAGGAGGCCUCGACCCAGACACCAUUUCUCUGGCUUCAGUCACAGCCGUUACCACCAACGUGUCGAAUAAGAGGUCAAAGCCUGACAUUAAAAUGGAGCCUAGUGCUGGCCGGCCAAUGGAUUACCAAGUGAGCAUCACAGUCAUCGAGGCCCGGCAGCUGGUGGGGCUGAACAUGGACCCCGUGGUGUGCGUGGAGGUGGGGGAAGAGAAGAAAUACACCUCCAUGAAGGAGUCAACCAACUGCCCCUACUACAACGAGUACUUCGUCUUUGAUUUCCACGUGCCCCCGGACGUCAUGUUCGACAAAAUCAUCAAACUGUCGGUCAUCCACUCUAAGAAUCUCUUGCGCAGUGGGACCUUGGUGGGCUCCUUCAAAAUGGAUGUUGGGACCGUUUACACGCAGCCUGAGCACCAGUUCUACCACAAAUGGGCCAUCCUGUCCGACCCCGAGGACAUCACGGCCGGCUUGAAAGGCUACCUGAAGUGUGACAUCGCUGUGGUGGGGAAAGGGGACAACAUAAAGACGCCGCACAAAGCCAAUGAGACAGACGAGGACGACAUUGAGGGGAACCUGCUUCUUCCAGAUGGUGUCCCUCCAGAGCGGCAAUGGGCCCGUUUCUACAUCAAGAUCUACCGCGCAGAGGGGCUGCCCCGCAUGAACACCAGCCUCAUGGCCAACGUGAAGAAGGCACUCAUUGGGGAGAACAAGGAUCUGGUGGACCCCUACGUCCAGGUGCUGUUUGCAGGGCAGAAGGGGAAAACGUCAGUGCAGAAAAGCAGCUAUGAACCCCUGUGGAACGAGCAGGUCAUCUUCACGGAGAUGUUCCCCCCUCUGUGCAAGCGGCUCAAAGUCCAGAUCCGGGACUCAGACAAGGUCAACGACAUGGCCAUCGGCACCCACUUCAUCGACCUGCGCAAGAUCUCCAACGAAGGGGACAAAGGCUUCCUGCCCACCUUCGGCCCAGCCUGGGUGAACAUGUAUGGCUCCACCCGGAACUACACCCUGAUGGACGAGCACCAGGACCUGAAUGAGGGCCUGGGCGAGGGCGUCUCCUUCCGCGCCCGGCUGCUCCUCAGCCUCGCCGUGGAGAUCCUGGACACCAGCAACCCGGAGAUCACCAGCUCCACCGAGGUGCAAAUGGAGCAGGCCACGCCGGUCGCAGACAACUGCACGGGCAAAAUGGAAGAGUUCUUUCUCUUUGGAGCCUUCCUGGAAGCGACCAUGAUUGACAGGAAGAUCGGGGACAAACCCAUCAACUUUGAGGUCACAAUAGGCAACUACGGAAACCAGAUCGACGGCACGGCCAAGCCCAGCCUGAAGAAGAAGAAGGAGGGCGGGGACGGCGAGCAGGAGGACUCCGAGCUGCUCCAGCACUCGAGCGAGGACGAAGCCGAUGACGACGGGGAGCUGGUCUCCGUCUCCUCGACUCAGCCAAUGAAGCCCCUGAUCACUGACAGGAACUACUUCCACUUGCCUUACUUCGAGAAGAAGCCCUGCAUCUACAUCAAGAGCUGGUGGCAGGACCAAAGGCGGAGGCUCUACAAUGCCAACAUCAUGGACAAGAUCGCGGACAAGCUGGAGGAGGGGCUCAACGACGUGCAGGAGAUGAUAAAGACCGAGAAGCCGCACCCUGAGCGCCGGCUCCGAGGGGUCCUGGAAGAGCUCAGCAGCGGAUGCUUCCGCUUUGUGACCCUCGCCAACAAAGACCAGAGCCUCUCUGCCCGCACCCGACUGGACCGAGAGCGGCUCAAAUCCUGCAUGCGGGAGCUGGAGAACAUGGGCCAGCAAGCCAAGACCCUGCGGUCGCAGGUGAAGAAGAACACGAUGAGGGACAAGCUGAAGCUGGUGCAGAACUUCCUGCAGAAGCUCCGCUUCCUGGCGGACGAGCCACAGCACAGCAUCCCCGACAUCUUCAUCUGGAUGAUGAGCAACGGCAAGCGCAUCGCCUACGCCCGCAUCCCCUCCAAGGAUAUCCUGUACUCCAUCGUGGACGAGGAGACCGGCAAGGACUGCGCCAAAGUGAAGACCGUCUUCCUGAGGCUUCCCGGGAAGAGGGGCUUCGGGCCGGCCGGCUGGACGGUGCAGGCCAAGAUGGAGAUCUACCUGUGGCUGGGCCUCAACAAGCAGCGCAAGGACUUCCUGAGCGGCCUGCCCUGUGGCUUCGAGGAGAAGAAAGCCAGCAAGGGCCUCGGCCUCCAGGCCUUCCCGCCCAUCAGCCUCCUCUACACUAAGAAGCAGGUGUUCCAGCUCCGAGCCCACAUGUACCAGGCCAGGAGCUUGUUCGCCGCAGACAGCAGCGGCCUCUCCGACCCCUUUGCCCGGGUUUUCUUCAUCACCCAGGGCCAGUGCACGGAGGUGCUCAACGAGACGCUCUGCCCGACCUGGGACCAGCUGCUGGUCUUCGACAACGUGGAGCUCUACGGGGAAGCCCACGAGAUGCGGGACGACCCCCCCAUUAUCGUCAUUGAGAUCUAUGACCAGGACACGGUGGGCAAGGCGGACUUCAUGGGCCGCACCUUUGCCAAGCCGGUGGUGAAGAUGUCGGACGAAGACUAUGGCCCCCCGCGCUUCCCGCCCCAGCUGGAGUACUACCAGAUCUACCGGGGCAACUCCACGGCCGGGGACCUGCUGGCGGCCUUCGAGCUGCUCCAGAUCGGCCCGGCUGGCAAGUCGGACCUGCCUCCGAUCGAUGGGCCGACGGACACGGAGCAGGGUCCCAUCCUGCCAGUGCCCCUGGGGAUCCGGCCUGUGCUGAGUAAAUACAGAGUGGAGAUCCUGUUCUGGGGCCUGCGGGACCUGAAGCGGGUGAACCUGGCCCAGGUGGACCGGCCCCGGGUGGACAUCGAGUGUGCCGGCAAGGGUGUCCAGUCGGCCCUGAUCCAGAACUACAAGAAAAACCCCAACUUCAGCACCCUGGUCAAGUGGUUUGAAGUGGACCUCCCAGAGAAUGAGCUGCUCCACCCACCCCUGAACAUCCGGGUGGUGGACUGCCGGGCCUUUGGCCGGUACACGCUGGUGGGCUCCCACGCUGUCAGCUCCCUGCGGAGGUUCAUCCACCGGCCCCCGGACAAGAAAUCCCAGCACUGGAACACUGCAGGUGAAAUUGUCAUCAACAUGGAACCGGAGGUGCCCAUCAAGAAGAUGGAGACCAUGGUGAAGCUGGAGGCU